UCGCGAUAUGUCGCUUGCCAACCUCUCUUUGAAGCUCUCUUUAUUUUCUCCGCAGAAAAGGGUGUUUCCAUGGACGGGACAGACCAAGAGCCGGUGGCGGGCGGACCCGCCAGAGUUCCCCUCCGGAGAGAAGCCGUUCCCUUUCCCGGCCUGGGAGGAGAGCUCAGGGACGAGAACGGGCUGGUCAUUCACAGCCAGGUGGAGGAAGAGGAACAUAAAUGCGCCAUGUGCGGGGAGAGCUUCAGCCAGCCGCUGGGUCUGCUGCGCCACCAAAGCAGCAACACGCUGGCGAACGAGCCUUCGUCUGUCCCGAGUGCGGCCGGGGCUUCAGCCUCAAACACAACCUCAUCAUCCACCAGCGCAUCCACACCGGCGAGAAGCCAUUCGGCUGCAGCGUCUGCGGGAAGCGCUUCAGCCUCAAGCAGAACCUGCUCACCCACCAACGGGUUCACGGUGGCCCAGCCCGCCGCCCUUUCGCUUGCCCCGUCUGCGGGAAGCACUUCCGGGAAGAACGGCUGCUCACCGCUCACGAGAAAAGAGACGACUGCGAGCAGCAGCAGCAGGGCAGCCUGGAAGACCAAACAGGGCCUGUCGACGAGGAGGGUGAGGAGGAUUUUGCGCGCCGCCGGCUGAGGGUCAAGCAUCAAGCGAAGCCUCCCCAAACCCGGGCCGCCUUUGCCCGUCGGGGUUCCGGGGAACCCUUAGGGGGACGAAGUGGCCUUGCUGGCUCACCAAGGACCCGGCAAGCCAAGGAGAGACCCCCAAACCCAAACCGAGGCUCCGCAGCGAGACGCUCCCUUCCAGUGCUUGACGUGCGGGAAGAACUUUUCGCAGAAGGCAACCUGGCGGCACAUCGUCGGAGUCACCGGGAGCGGGAGUCCCUCAGCUGAAGACACCGAAGGGUUGAGCAGGGGCUGAGCAAUCGAGCGGUAGCGGGCAGCAGGCUUGAGAAAGGGACCAAGAGCAGGCGGCCAAGGAGAAUGUGCAGCCCCCUCCCCAUUCCGGAUCCGGUCGUUCGAGGGACAUACUGGAAAAUAUUUUUUUACCUUCUCCAUCAAGUCCCUUUUCACGUCUCGGACCGCGAACUGACAAAAAACUACAAGACACGGGUGCUUUCCAUAUUUCUGCAUUUUUGUACCUCCUUUCUUUUCUUCUUUCUUUUUGAGCCAUUUAUCUCCCGCCUGGAUCGAGUGUCACAUCCUCCUUUCCACAUUUUGCAUUCCGUUUUUGUCCCUUUCUGACGGAAAGCCGACUCAUUUCUCCAAAGAACGCCGACCGUAGCCAAAUUGGACCACUGGCCUGGCGAGAGGGAGCAGGGUCAGAGCUGUGCCAAAGAGCCCGGGGAGGGUGGAGGUUUGGGAUAGCCAUUGGAUCACCCGGGCAUGCACCGUGAACAGAGUCACGAGUCUCCUCAGAAGCAGUUCCUUUGUCAUUCCCUGUGGAUUUGAACCCGAGACCUACAGUGUGGCGUGUCGGGGACCGUAGAAGUACUUCCGUUGACAACUACGUCGUGGAACUAGCUGGAACAUGCAGGCAUCUUUGGGCUGCUCGGUCAUGCGAGAAUCCACCAAGGAAUGGAGGAACCCGCCAGAGGUCCCUGCCCCACGGAAAAUUCCUGACCGCUCCCUACUCGGGAGAGGCAGUACAGGACCAUCACCGAUGUCGAUCCGGCAAGAGAGGUCGCUUGGAAGAUCAGUAUCUGUGAAGAUCUUGGAGACGCGGGAGGGGAAACUCACAAUUUGGAGGGGUUGUGUUCCCAAAGACCCCUCCCCUUCCCCUGCAAGUUCUGCCUGUGGAGAAGACUCCUCUCCCCCCCCCUCUGCCUCCCUUCACUGUGCAGCUGGGCCUCAACGCUCACUGCUGUCCCUGCUGCUCAGCGGGUUUUGCCACUCCUGUCGACUGUUACCAUGUUCAGCCUGUUUUAGAAGCUUUCAAGCACUCCUGGUUGAGCUGGACCUGUUGAGCUACAGCAGAGGAGCUGCCUUGCCAAGGGGGUCUGUCUGGGGCAUGACUCCAGUAUACGAAGGUCUCCAAGUGGAGGGGUGAGAAAGGGGGUCUCGGAGCGAGGCGGAGGACAAAGGCUGACUGUGCUCUCUCUUUUGCACUCUCUCUUUUCCCUUCUUUCUUCCCUCCAUCCGCCAUCCUCUUUUUUCACCCUCAUUUUCUACUUUGUUUUUUCCCCUUCCUUCCU